AUGUCCGUCUCAAGUGACAGCCAGAACGACUCUCCUCAAACUUACGAACCAACCUUUCCAAGGGAAUUUGUCAGUAGCGAGAACCGAAGGUCAAUGGCAUCAUCACCGCAGCCGGCGACAGUCGGCGCUCAGGACAGUUCUUCUGAAUCAAUGGCCGCGCCCUUGAAGAGCCCUCGAUCGGCCCGAUUCGCGGAAGCAACUGCAAUCAAUUCACCAAGUGCUGCGGAAAGUAGCAGGUCUCCAUUUGCAGACCCCCCCAAUCAGUCUCAGAACGCGCCUGAUGUCUCUGAUGUUGGUUUUGGAUAUGUGAACGCACAGGAUCCUACACAGCAUGUACCGCACCAUGCUGCGCCGGCUUCUCCACUGAAGAGCGCAUUAAGAGUGCCAGGGACGCCCGCACGCACCCUGAAUCCUCUUAGUCCAACUUUCCGGGAAGAGUUCAAUCUAGAAAAGCAAGAGAAGCAAGCAGAGAAAGCAAAUGCAAAGGACUUGGCUAUCAAGGUGCGCGUCAGAGUCGCCAAGAUUUUCCUUCGCUUCGUCAGCUUCGGUUGUAGUCUCAUCGUCCUCACCAUCAUAGCGACCACUCUGACCAUUUUUCACGCGACCAAAAAUCUGCCUCCAAGGAGCGGUACCACUCCUUGGGCCGUUGGCACAAACCCAUGGCCUCAGUAUCUGCUUCUCGCAACCGCAAGUUUAUCGUUGCUCUCCUGUCUGGUAGUUUUCUGGACUUGGAAAAAGCGCGGAUAUAAACGUGCGGAGAAGGUUGCAGUCUACUACUCUAUAUUUUCUGUUGGCUUCUUCGGAUUCACCCUCAUUUUAUGGGUUGUGGUCUCAGCCAUUUACCAGAAUUCCAAGUCCAACGGAAAUAAUAAGGAUCUGUGGGGUUGGUCGUGCGUGACAGGAAACCUUAGGUCGACAGCAUAUGCAUCAGAUAUCGACUACCCACUGUUAUGCCGUCUUCAGGACUGGGGUCUAGUGUGCGCAGUUAUCGAAAUCGUUAUUGAGGUCUUGGUCAUUCUCAUCUACGCCGUUGUCUUCUACCGAUUCUGGUCCAAGCGAAAGCUCGCAAAAUCCAUGGAUCGCCGGGACAAGGCGCGGUCGGACUUGUACCUUGCCCAGCUGCGACUUCAAUCUGCCCCCAAUACUCCUGGCUUCCCGCUGAGUCCCAAAUCUCCCUGGGUCUCGACAACCAUGCAGGAUCCCUACUCCUCCGCUGAGAAGGGAGAGGCAACACCUACCCAGUUUGCUACCCCCGCCUCGCCAACUAGGCCCCAACCAACUUUCCAGCUCCAACCGCCACCCAUUCGUGUGCAACACGCAACCCCAAAGUCAGAGCAAGAGGAGUUUCCUGCAUCUGCUCCUACGCCAUCUCCACCCCAAGAACACAUGGGUGCUGCACCCGGGGAGCGGACGUACGAAGCUGUGCCGAUCCCAGUCGCCUAUGCCAGCCCAAUGUCACCGAGCUUUCCUCAAGGAGCCCGCUAGUAGCUAGUAUGUUGAGUGGCUUCUUUAGCGCUCUACAGAAACAUGACCUGCAGCUCCUUAUGCCCUAGGAAGGACUAAAAAACCAACCGAAGAAAAAGCCUGGUGAGAACUGCCAGGCAUGGCCGGGUAACCCACUCUAGAAGUACUCUGUAUUUCUGGACGGGACGGUUCUGCUCAACGUACAUAUUUCUUGUGACCAAAGCGUGGCGGUGGAUGCCUGACUGGACUGGUCUGACCAUAUACUAAGAUAUAACUAAUUUUUUAUUU